CGUUUGUAGUAGGGCGUCGCUCUCAUCUCAUUUACCAGCUUAGACAAGAUCUCUGUCUGACAAACACACACACGCACACACACACACACACAUACACACACACACGGCCGCCUCAUGUGAUGAAAUCUCUUUGGAUUAUCCCCAAUAACCUGUUUAACUUAAUCCUUAUCGCAAACACAUGAAUAAUAAAUCCACUCCUCCUCUCCACCCUUUUUCCACUCUUUCACUUAGCUCUCCAUCACGCCCCCCCCUCCUUCCUUCCUUGCAUCCCUCCCACCCUCUCUCUCUCCUUCUCUCUCUCUCCUUCUCUCGCUCUCACUCACACUUGCUCCAUCGUUUCGACCAAGCGCACCCCCCCAAAAAGAAGCUCACUGUUACUGCGUAUGCUUGGUGGUGGUGGUCUUUCCCUCCUGGACAGGAAAACGAACAGUAGCAAGAGUGGACACAAUAACAGGAAGAGGAAGUGGGCAGUGACCUUUUUUUCUUCCCCUUUCUUUUUUUGUAGUUUUGCGAAAGACACUAAGGGUCAAGUACAAUCUAAGGGGAGGAGAGGAAGGAGAAGGAGGAAGAGGAGGAGGAGAACCUGUUGGUGCUCCCAAAACAUACCUCAGUUGCCCUCUGGGAGUGCAUUUGGCUGGUGGUCAACACGUCUCUUGGAGAAUUGCGAGUCUUGGAAGGAAGGUUGAUAAGAAAUCAAUUCUACGAGAGGAACCAUACGGGACUGGGAAGGAUUCGCAAAGGAUUUGCGAAGGACUCGGGGGUCUCGGACACUAAAGCACUAAGAGAUCAUGGCUUUGCUUCGGCUUUGGACCGCGGGGCUUAUUGUGGCCAUCGCGGCCUGGUCCGUCUCGCCCGGCAUUUCCGAGAACUUGGUGGUGGGAUCGGAGAGGCGGCAAGGAGUUGCCGAGGAGAUUGUGAGGAAAGAGAGCCAUCCCAUCCUGUCUCGGAAGAAGCGUGAGUGGAUCUGGAAUUCGCUCUAUGUGGAGGAGGAGAAACCGGCGGCCAUUCCCUACAAGAUCGGGCAGCUCAAGUCCAGUCAGAGAGUGGAGGUUAAGCGGUUUAAAAUCGAGGGCGAAGGCGCCGAUGGCAUUUUUAGCGUGGACCACAAGGGUGACCUGUUUGUCAGCAAAUCUUUGGACCGCGAGGAGAAGAGCGCAUACCACUUGACCGCCAGGAUGUACGACGGCAACAACAAACUCAUUGAGGACUCGGGAGACUUUGUGGUCCAGGUGACUGACAUCAACGACAACAUCCCCAUCUUCCCCAAAACUUACAACGGAUCCAUCGUGGAGAGGUCUACCAUAGGAACCAAAGUGAUCGAAGUUAGGGCAACGGAUGCAGACGACCCAACCACCGCAAACGGCGAGCUGCGCUACUCUCUGACGCCCGAUGGCGACCUGUCUGCCUUUGAAAUUGACAGCAUCACAGGUAUGAUCAGCUGCAAGGUGAGCACUCUGGAUCGCGAGACCAAAAGUCAAUACGUGGUGGUGGUCCGGGCUCAGGACAUGAGAGGAAUGGUGUCCGGCAGCACGGCCACAACCUCUGUCACUGUCAGUGUCACCGACACCAACGACAACAUCGCCUCCUUCACCAGACGGACGUACGAGUUGCGAGUUCCAGAGGACCACAAAUUGAACUCGAGGAUUGGCACUUUAGAGCUGGAGGAUCGAGAUCAGAUCCAAAACAAAGAGCCCAUCUUCUCCCUGCCUAUUGACAACAAAAUGUUCUACAUGGAGCUCGGCCCCAGCAAGGACGGCAACCUCAUGCUCAGACAGGCUCUGGAUUAUGAGACAAGAAACAGCUAUUCCUUCAGCGUACAGGUGCGGGAAAACUUGCGAAACCUGCGCUUUCCCGCGGAUAACGUGGCCACCGCCGUCACCACAGCACAGGUGAACGUCAAGGUGGUGGAUGUAGACGAGCCACCCGUAUUUUCACAGCUAACGUACACCUUCAAUGUGCCUGAAGAAAGACUGGUCAACAACGUUGGCACCAUCAGUGCCAGAGAUCCGGAUAAAGCUGGCAAGAGUAUUCGGUACUCCAUCUUGGACAAGGAUUGUCCAAUCGCUAUCAAUCCAAUCACAGGGCAGAUGUCCACCCUGAGGACUCUGGACCGUGAGCUGGAGGCCGCGCACAUGUUCCAAGUUAAAGCCCAAGAGGAGCCAAGUGGUUUGGAGUCAUUUGUCAAAGUCAACAUCGUCGUGGAGGACGUCAACGACAACAAGCCCGAACUGGAUGUGGACGACAUCUUCGUGUGCGAGAACGAUGGCGUGAACACAGUCAUUGGGACGCUGAGGGCUACCGAUAAGGACGACCAGCCAGCCUCAUUCACCUUUAUUCUGGCUUCUCCCAGCUCUAAUUUCUCCAUCAGAGAUUUUGGCAACAACACCGCAUACGUCCUGGUGAACCAGGGACCGUUCAACCUGGACGAUCCCACCGAUUACAGCGUGGAUGUGAGCAUCAGCGAUGGAGGACGACCCAUCCAGACCAGCAUCACCAAACUGGCCAUCAAGGCGUGCCGCUGCGACGCCAGACGCAUCCCGACGCAGUGCAAGGCCGUGGCUCAGAAGAUGGGAGUGAGCGUCCACGUUCUCAUCGCUAUUUUGCUUUGCAUACUCACCAUACUGGUGAUCGUUAUCCUAUUCGUGAUGAAGAAGCGCUACCAUAAAGAUUCGCUGGCCGGCAUGAAGAAUAGUGGCGAGAUCCACGAGCAACUUGUCACCUACGACGAGGAGGGCGGUGGCGAAAUGGACACCAACGGGUAUGACGUCUCCAUCCUGACGUCAGCAUUUCACGACGGCUCCCUCCUUCGCCACCCAGAUUGCCUCCCCCACCCGUCUCUCUACGCUAUGGUCCAGAAGUCCCAGCCACACCAGCACCAAGUGCAGCCCGCCUCCGCCGGCAAGGGCGACAUGGCUGCUAUGAUUGAGAUGAAGAAACACGAUGCGGACUACGACCGUGAAGGCUUCCCGUACGACACGCUGCACAUCUAUGGCUAUGAGGGGCCUGAGUCCAUAGCGGGGAGCCUCAGCUCCCUGGGAAGUUCUUCCAGUGGCGGCUCAGACUCUGACUACGACUUCCUGAGCGACUGGGGCCCCAGGUUCAGGACCCUGGCUGAGCUGUACGGUGUGGACGAUUUGGACUACUACCACUAGUUGGUUGACCUUUUCAUCAUGACGCCCUAUGUACUUCUGGGUAGCAAAAUCUCAGAUGGCACCACAAGUAAACCAAGGAAACCAAGGAAAUGUAGGCAUCAUGAACAUGAUCCUAAAGAAAUUGGCAAAUGAAUUGACUUUUCUGUGGCUCUGUCGAAUGAGACAGACUUUUUGCGUGAUGGUAUAAUCGAGAGUGAGCCGUAGAGCUACCAUUAGUUGGCAGGCUAGCCAAUUUCCUAAAUUAGUCAAAAACAACCCAACCCAACAUUUUACAUAACACUGUGAGUGUUAGUUUCAGUUUACAUCAGAGGUAAUCAAUCGCUUUUCUGCCACCCGGAAGUACCCUGGCGCCCACUGUUUAUUUUCAACAACAACAGCCAUAAAAACACCAACAAAACAACACACUUGAGCAGGAAUGGGAACAGCAGCCAACUUUUUGUUUCUGGACACAGAACUUGGCGAGUCACAUUUUCAUCCUUCUCAUACAAUCGAAGUGAAGGAUGUCCCACGAGGGGGAGUGGCCGUAUGAGCACAAAAUUGCGAUAUAAGGACGCAAUUAGAGCCAAUUAGAUUUGACAUCUGAGCGUGUUUAUUCGGCGCGCUCUCUUUUUUUUUAAUGUUGUACUUUUUGUCUUUUCGUAUACGUGCACUCAUCCACAUCGAUACAGUACACCCACACAAAAUGUCUACUUUACUAGGGAUGCCAGUGCAAUCUACUGGAACCCAAUAUGAAGACAAUCAUGCGCAGCUUUGAUCGAAGCUAUCAGAGGUAGCUUUUGUACGGGAUCAUGCAGGUGUGCCUAAUAAAAGUUGCACCAGCUCUUUAGUAUAAUUUAUGUCACAAGAACAGUGUUAAAUCCUGGCGACAAAAAAGAAAGACACGUAAAGAAUAUUGGAAUGUUCAGAGGUUGGUCUGCAUUUUUCUAUUGCUUCCAUGGGUUUUUUGAAAUCAUGGAUUUUCUGGACUUUAUACACAAAAGCAAACUAAAAAGAUUUUUUACAUUACAAAAACAUCCACUUUAUUUGGGAUAUCAGCACUAUUUAGGGGCAUACAACAGAAAAGUUUCACAUCAAGAUAAUCAUGCCGAGUUUUGAUUGACGCUAUCGAAGAUAGCUUUCAUACUGGAUCACAGUGAGUUGUGGAGAGGUCUUGAAAUGCAAUCCAUACACAGAGAAAUAUAGUAAGGGUUUGUUAUUGUCUAUAUAUGCCACAAGACAGUCACAAAGGACUACUUUUGUCUAAAUGAAGAAUUUCACUCACUUCAACAUAGUUCAGUGGCACCAAGAUGCCCUCAGAUUGCGCUUAAGUAAAACUGUUAUUGCAUACAAUGAUGAUGAUGAAGUCCCCCCGCCCUAACCCCCACAAAAACAUUCUGAGGAUAGGCGAAUUUGUGAAUGCAAAUGUGGAGCAGGUAACCAAAUACAAGUUAAAGAGUUUGGCCUGGUGUUUUACUCAUUUUGCCAAAGGAUUUUCACUUUUGGAGUUUGUAGUUUAAAAACACACCAGAAAAGUUUUAGCUCAAAUAAAAGUUAAACCUACACGUACAUUUUUGAUGUCAGUAAAACGUGGCUCAUUUUCCUCAGUUGGUUCAUUUUGCUAGUUUGUCACUGCAAGAAGAGUGAAAAAAAAAUGGUUGAACUCGAGUGACAGGAAAUAGUCCAGCGCAAUUUAGGACAGGUCUUUCCCGUGCUUUUUUUUUUUUUUUACACCAUCCGUCAUCACGCUCAUUGUUUGGUGAGGAAAGCGCAACUCUCAGAGGCCAGCUACGAGGCGCUUCAACUACUUUAACCUCUCAUCCCUCUGGCUACUGGCAGCUGGUGGAAGCACAUCCAUUAAAAAAAAAAAAAAAAGACAACAUCUGAAUGGCGUGGACUGAUCGAAAAAACUUUGAAUUGAGAAGGUUUGACGUUAUAGAUUCAGAUUUAGGCACCCAUGGAGUGAGUAAAUCCAAAUAACAGAAGCUUAACUGAAGUAAAAUGAAACAAGGUCAAACGUUUCACUCAUUUUAAGCAAUCAUUAAUAAGAAGAAAGUAAUUUCUGGAAAAGGCACUCAUAGACCAGUGCGAUUUAUAUAUGUUAUAGAGUUAGACAAUACAGUAUAUCGAAGGAGGUUGUCUUUAGCUAUUGGUGGAGGUCUAUGCUCAAAUGUGAAUAGUGUCUUUUUGUUUACUGCUGUUCUUGCUUGGAAGGCUGCUAUCACAAUACUCGGAAGUCACUUUUGCGUUUUCCCGUCGGCAUUCACGUGUGAACUUGGUCUUCCUUCCAACCUCCCUCUAACCAGUGCUACGCUAAACAGAACUAAAAUCAACUUCCUGUCCAUCUGGGGGAGGGUUUGAGGUAGGGCGGGGAGUGUUAUCUCCCCCGUCUGUCCCACACAUUGUCACAUUGUUCAGUGGGCUUGAUAAACAGUCUUGGGGAGGAAGAGACUGAACGUUAAGAAAGAACAAGACGAGAACAAUGAGGCCAUUUAAAAAAUUUGCAAUCAUCACCACGCAGUUUGAAACCUUCAGAAUCACAAUUCUUAUCAUUUAUAGUUAUACUUAUGCUAACAAUGUUGCAGAAUUUCACAGUUCUCUAUAAUCCCUCACAGAGAAACUGAUCUGACAAAGUAAAAAAAUGCAUACCCUAGUUCCUCACAUUAUGACGAUUCCUCUAUUAAAACUUUGAUUUUGGCGCUAUCUUGUGACCUCUUGGUGCCGAAGAACCAUGUUGAAGUCAAUUGAGUAGCUUUAUGUAGUGCUUUGCUGCAAUGAUGUGGCAUCUCUUGACAGUUAUAAACAUUUAAAGAAUGUGAUGCCGAUUACUCUUGAAUUUCUCCUAAUUCUCAAAGGAUUCACUGGAAACGUUAUCCAUGUAAAUAAACGCCUCGCUCGAGUAAAUGCCUCUCAUAGUUUGUUCUUGAAAGCAAGGCAAGUAAAGGCAGCUUUAUUUGAAUAUCCAUAUAGAGAAAGAUUGUGGAAAACAUGAUUUUUAAAAUACUUUGAAAGACAAAGACAAAAACCCAAUAUCGCUGCCAAACAAACAAAAACCCAAUAUCGCAUAUAUACACAAGUUUCCAGGUGAUUUCACCUCUGGGCAUGUUUGAAUUCUGUUGCUCAACAAAACAGCGGCAUCUCGCGAGGCUUAUCAAAGAUGAUCAUACAUGGAGAGCAACUAGAGAGACAUAAAAGAGUUGCGAAGAUGAAAUAAAAAACAAAAACGGAGAAAUGGUUCACUAUUGGAAAUAUCAAAGAAGAUAUCAUCAAAUGGAGUCCGCUAGCUUGUUGCUAAAAUAUAAUGCGAAACGGCGUAUAAAUUAAACUUAGCAUGGAUGUCAUGACAAUUUGAAACCUUCAAACAACUGCUACUUUGUACACACGGAGCAGCAACACAUGCAACAAGAGAAUGAAACAUUGUCCAUUUCAACACCAAAAUGUUCAACCAAACCAUAUGAUUUCAACAAACCAAUGUCUGCUAGCCUAAUCGCUAACAAAUGCCAAAUUCCAUAGACGGGAAAAAGAAAUUAAAGUUGCUGUUAUGACAAUUAUAAACCUUUAAACAACUGCUACUUUACACACAGAACAGCAAUAAAUACAACAAAGAGAAUUAACGAUUGUAGAGCAUAAUCGUGCUAAGACUUAAAAGCAAAAUUAAAAGUCGUUAUUUGAUUGCUAACAAAAGGUGGCCACUGACAAGCGAGUAAGGGAUUCAUUUUGCCUGUUAUGCGCAUCUCCCAUUAGGGUAUUCAUUUUUGAAAAAAAUUGGCCAAAUGUUGAGUUUUCUGGAAAAUGUACCGCAUGGAACUUUGUGUGCUUUCACCUGGGGUGAUGAAACGAUUUGUUUUUCAACCAAUUUAAGCACAAAAGAGGCAAGUGUAGACGGACAAAUUGGCCAGCCAUUUUCUCUCGCGGGCACAGAACAAAAUGUGCAAAGAAAAAGGAAAAAAAAAAAAACAAGACAA